AUGUAUUGUGAAAAUGAUUCACCAUUAUUUGAUGAAAAUGUUUCGAUUGCAAUGCAAGAAGCACUCUAUCAAUUUCGAUCAACAUACGAUUCAUUCCAUCCAUAUGUGUGCCUUAUAAUUUGUCCAAUGGGAAUAUUUGCUAAUAUAAUCCAUAUUUUGGUGCUAAGUCGGCCAAGUAUGUUACGAUCAGCGGUUAAUUGUGUAUUAGUUGUUAUUGCUCUAUGUGAUAUAGUUACAAUGAGUUCAUAUCUUCUCUAUAUUAUUAAAUUUAGAUUUCUUACAUCAGGAAUGGGUGUAAGCUAUACUUGGAUAGUAAUUCUUAAAAUUCACGCAGUAACAACAAUAGCACUUCACGGAAUAACGUUAUAUUGUUGUGUAACAUUAGCUGUCAUACGAUGGAGUGCAUUGGGACGAUCGAAAAAUUCACCGUUUAAACCGAUCACUUCAUGGUGUACGACAGGUAUUAUUGCAAUAAUUGUGUCAGCUAUUUGCAUUCCAACAUUUUUGGUGCAUGAAAUCAAAAUUGUGUGGGUUGACGAUGAACAAUUACUUUAUACAAUUGAUAUAUCUGAUUGGGCAAUACAUGAUAGCUGUAAAUAUUUUAAACUUAAUUUAUGGAUUUUAGGUAUUGCUUUAAAGGCAUUGCCUUGUUUCUUGUUGUGUUGCUUCACAAUUCUGUUGGUAUUUCGAUUAAGGAAUAAUUUGAAGAGAAGACAAAAUUUAAUUUCUCGAAAAUAUUACUUUUCUGUUGAUUCAGAAGGUAGAAAGAGUAAUAGUAUUACAAAUAAUGCUGCUGCAAGGAGAAGUAAACGAAAUUAUGAUCGAACCACUCUUACACUUGUCGUUAUGCUUUCCGUCUUUUUGGUGACAGAAUUACCGCAAGGUGUAUUAGCGAUGUUAAAUGCAUUACAUACCAACGAUGUGCAUACUAUUUUGUAUUGGAAUUUAGCAAAUUUAUUAGAUUUAUUAUCACUGAUAAAUUGUUACGUUGGCUUUAUAACAUAUUGUUUCCUAAGCUCGAAAUAUCGUCAAAUCUUUAUUAUUACGCUUGUUAAUUCGUAA